AUGGCACACAAGCACAGCAGCCCUAUUGCUGUUGAGAAAAGGAAACUCACCUAAGACCGUGAAACCGUAUUUAACUCAAGAUGAAAUCACAGCUUGAAGUCGUGAGGCCUGGCCAGGUUACUCUUCUCUGAGUUGCUUUUAUUCGAACGCUCUAUGAAUAUACCAUGGCACGUAGACUGAUUUUUCAGUGAAGUUUCUAAAGGAAAAGCAGUCGGUAAAUUAGAAGGGAGCGGGAUAAAUAAUGUAAAUAUGAGAAAGCGGGAGCUGAUGAGACUAUUUGUAUGAAGAGGCAUUUUGUGCAAGGGUGGAGAUCAUGCGAUCUCCAGAGUUGCUCUGCGUGCCUGAACUUUGGCCUCAUUCUUCUGACUGCAGAAUGAGGAGACAAAGGGCAAUGCUGUGAAAGGGUAGUGAUCUGUGGGGGAGGAAGAAGAGAGGAUGUAGAUCAAUGAGAGCCAGUGUAUGCAUACAGGAAGGGAAAAGCAGAAUGGAAUGGAAGGAGGAUCAGAGAGAGAGGAGACAAGCAGUGAGGCAGUAAAAGGAUGCAUGAUGAAGAAGACAUACAAUAGAGGAAACUUUGCUGGCUAUAACUGUGGUGACUGCAAGUUUGGUUGGACUGGCCCUGACUGCAGUGUGAGGAAGCCACCAGUUGUCAGGAAGAACAUCCAUUCCUUGACAGUGGAGGAGAGGGAGCAGUUCCUCGAUGUUCUAGACCGUGCAAAGACUACCAUCCACCCAGACUAUGUGAUUGCAACUCAGCACUGGAUGAGUCUGCUUGGUCCCAGCGGAGAGGAACCACAAAUUGCCAACUGUAGCAUUUAUAAUUACUUUGUUUGGCUUCAUUACUACUCUGUCAGAGACACACUCCUAGGGCCUGGCCGCCCCUUCACAGCUAUUGAUUUCUCCCAUCAAGGACCUGCCUUUGUAACUUGGCACAGGUACCAUUUGCUGUUGCUGGAAAGAGACCUGCAGCGAUUGAUGGGCAAUGAGUCCUUUGCACUUCCCUACUGGGACUUUGCUACAGGUAGAAACACAUGUGAUGUGUGCACAGACCAGCUCUUUGGAGCACCACGGCCAGACGACCCAGGGCUGAUCAGCCUGAACUCCAGAUUCUCCCGGUGGCAAAUAGUUUGCAACAGCUUGGAUGAUUACAACCGCCUGGUGACGUUGUGCAAUGGGAGUGAUGAAGGACUGCUCCAACGAAGGCCAAGAGACUCGGGUGAACAGCUGCCCACUGCGGAGGACGUCAGGAGAUGCCUUUCCCUGCAUGAGUUUGACAGUCCUCCGUUUUUCCGCAAUUCCAGUUUCAGCUUCAGGAAUGCGCUGGAAGGCUUCAAUAAACCAGAGGGAGCCCUGAACUCACCGAUGCUGAACCUCCAUAAUUUGGCUCACUCUUUUCUGAAUGGAACCAGUGUUCUCCCUCACGCAGCUGCCAACGAUCCCAUCUUUGUGGUUCUUCACUCCUUCACUGAUGCCAUCUUUGAUGAGUGGAUGAAGCGGUUUCACCCCCCUGACAAUGCCUGGCCUGAGGAGCUGGCUCCUAUCGGUCACAACAGACUGUACAACAUGGUCCCUUUUUUCCCUCCUGUAACCAAUGAUCAACUCUUCCAAACUGCAGAGCAGCUUGGCUACACCUAUGCCAUUGACCUGCCAGGUUCACUUGAAGAAAGCCAAGCGUGGGCUGCCAUGGUUGGAUCCACAAUUGGAGGAGCGCUGAUAGCUUUGGCCGUGCUUGUUCUGCUGCUUGUACUUUUCCAGCACCGAAGGCAGAGGAAAGGUUUUGAACCACUUAUGAAUGUGAGAUUCAGUUCCAAAAAGUACAUGGAAGAGGCCUAGUGCCUUGGCUUUGUUCCCUUGCUCAUUCUGCUGAGAAGUGACCUUGAUUGAUUUAUUCAAAUCUGAGCAGAGUUUAGCCAGCCUUAUCACACGCGCCUUUGGCAGCUGACUACAUUGUUCUCUUUCAGUUCUUCCAGUUAUCUUGUGAAUUGUGAUAUAUGAACUCUCUGGGUACGUAUGUGCAAGGCCCAAGACAGACCAGAGUUUUCUCAUUACCAAACAUUGUUUGGAGUGUGUGACACUUAAAAGUCAUCAAAUCUCUAUAGAGUUAGAUCAAGACAGUUAAGAAUCAAAAUAGAAGAAAAGCAUUUUGAAUUAGCAAGAUAUUUUUUUCACCUCAAUUUGUUUUUGAUUUCAUUUAGCAGCCCUAGGAUGUUUUAAACUCUACAUAUACAUUUGAAUAGUGUAUUAUUUUAUGGUUAUCAAUAAAUGUUCUAAAUAAUGUAGUCUUUUGGAGGGGGUUAAAAAUGUUUUGUGCAGUGUGGCAAAAUAAUGUGGGAGCACCAUGGUUUUGUUCCAGAAGCACAAUCAUGUAAUAGAAUCAUAGAAUCAUAGAAUGGCCUGGGUUGAAAAGGACCACAGUGAUCAUCUAGUUUCAACCCCCCUGCUAUGUGUAGGGUUGCCAACCAAUAGACCAGGCUGCCCAGAGCCACAUCCAGCCUGGCCUUGAAUGCCUCCAGGGAUGGGGCAUCCACAACCUCCUUGGGCAACCUGUUCCGGUGUGUCACCACCCUCUGUGUGAAAAACUUCCUCCUAAUAUCUAACCUAAACCUCCCCUGUCUCAGCUUAAAAGCAUUCUCCCUUAUCCUAUCACUAUCCAUUUCAUAUGAUUCCAUGUUUUGUUUUUGAUCAAGCUAAUGUUAGCAGUUGAUAAACAUCCAGACACAAAUCCUCCUAAAAUUUGUUUAAAAGCAGGAGUUACAGAUAGAUAGGUACUUGUGUUUUAAUCCUGUAUUAGGAACCUGUAACAGAAGCUGAAAAUGGUGCUUGUCCAUCCCUAUUUUAGCUCUUCUACACUGUUUUAUGAAUCUAGACCCAAAUACUUUCAAAAAUCUGGAAGGUAACAAACGGAGAUAGCCUCCGUUAACUGAGCCUGCAGAUAAGGGUCUGAGUAUGGCACUUCCUAAACCCCUGUUUUAAACCUUUCUUUAUAAAUGUGUCCUAUAUUUCUUCAAUAAACGCAGGUUUAGAUCACA